AUGUCGCGCCGCGGCCGCGAGGAGGAGGAGGAGUUCGAGGAGGUAGAGGAGGAGGAGGAGGCCGAUGAGUCGGAGGUGGAGGAGGAGAGGGGCGAAAAGCGGUUGCGCGGCGGCGGGGGGGAGGGCUCGGGCGUCGCGAGCUUCAUCGACGACGCGGCCAGCGAGGACGACGACGAGGAGGAGGAGGAGGAAGAGGAUGACGACGACGAGGACGACGACUACGAGGAGGGCGGCCGCGGCCGCGGCCGCCGGCCCAGCAAGAGGAAGCGGUCGAUCCUGAUCGACGACAUGGCGCAGGUCGACGACGACGACGGCGAGGAGGAGGAGGAAGACGGGUACGAGGAAGGUUUUAUUGAUGAUGAUGCUCGGGCUGAUAAUCCUGACGAGGAUGUGCAAAGGGGUUCUAGACGUCAUUUCAAUCCAAAUCCAAUGGAUGAUGCAGAUGAUAUGGAGAACUUGGAAGAGAUGUUAAAAUGGAAAUAUAGAACGCAAUCACACUCUGAUUUUGAUGAAGAGGGUCUAACCGAGGUUGAACAGCAAGCUCUCCUGCCAUCAGUGAAUGAUCCAAAGCUCUGGAUGGUGAAAUGUGCGAUUGGACAUGAGCGAGAGACAGCCCUUUGUCUAAUGCAAAAGUUCAUUGAUAGGCAAGAUCUCCAGAUUAAGUCCGUCGUUGCAUUGGAACACCUAAAGAAUUACAUUUAUGUUGAAGCAGAGAAAGAAGCCCAUGUCAAGGAGGCUUGCAAAGGUCUGCGGAACAUCUUUUCUUCAGCAAAAAUACUUCUGGUUCCUACAAAAGAAAUGACUGAUGUUCUCUCUGUCACGAGUAAGUCUGCUGAUCUUUCAAUAGAUACAUGGGUCAGGUUGAAGCUUGGUAUAUAUAAAGGGGAUCUUGCUAAGGUUGUCGAAGUUGAUGAUGUGUGCCAAAAGGUUACUGUGAAGGUCAUUCCUAGAUUAGAUUUACAAGCUUUGACAGAUAAAUUGAAAGGUCUUAAGGUUGCAAAGAAGAAGUCGUUUAUUCCACCGCCAAGGUUAUUUAGUACCGACGAGGCGAGGGAGAUGAACAUUCCUGUAGAACGGAGGAGAGAUAGAGAUUCUGGGGAAUACUUUGAGAUGGUUGGCGCUUUAAAAUUUGAAGAUGGUUUCUUGCGCAAAAUAGUCUCGAUAAAAUCAAUCAGCACACAGAAUGUUAAGCCAUCACUUGAUGAAUUGGAGAAAUUCGGGAGAGUUGGUGAUGACGUGAAUGAAGAUGUGGCUAGAUUGUCCACACUCAGCAGGAAGAAGGGACAUUUUAUGAAAGGCGAUGCUGUAGUUGUUGUUAAAGGUGAUCUCAAGGACAUAAGGGGCUGUGUGGAGAAAGUAGAGGAUUCUAUUGUUCACAUCCGACCAACACCAACACAAUCUGAUCUUCCGAAAACACUUGCCUUCAGUGAGAAAGAUCUCUGCAAAUAUUUCAAUCCCGGGGACCAUGUAAAAGUGGUUUUUGGUGUUCAAGAAGGUGUGACAGGCAUGGUAGUUAAAGUGGAAGGACAUGUCUUGACUAUUUUAUCUGACACAAGCAAAGAACAUAUCCGUGUGUUUGCAGAUCAUGUUGUGGAGAGUUCUGAGGUCACGACGGGGCUUACCAGAAUUGGUGAUUAUGAAUUGCAUGAUCUUGUCCUUCUUGACAAUUUAUCAUUUGGUGUGAUUGUAAGGGUGGAAAGCGAAGCAUUUCAGGUUCUCAAAGGAGUGCCUGAUAAACCUGAAGUGGUGCUCGUGAAACUGAGAGAAAUAAAAUACAAAAUCGAUCGGCGCACAUCUGCAAAAGAUAGCAGGAAUAACACGGUGUCCACUAAGGAUAUUGUCAGGGUCAUUGAGGGGCCAUGCAAGGGAAAGCAAGGACCUGUGGAACAUAUACACAAAGGGAUAUGUUUUAUACAUGACCGCCACCACCUUGAACAUUCAGGCUUUAUCUGUGCAAAAGCACAAUCUUGUGUCCUUGUUGGGGGAUCGGUUGUCAACAGCAGCAGGAUGGGUGUUGAUACAGCAGAUCCACGGCUUGGUGCUUUUAGAUCUCCAGCAAGGAUCUUGCAAUCUCCUGGAGGGCUUCCGCCGAGAGGACCUUACAUGAAUUCUGGUGGAAGGUUUGGAGGAGGUGGUCGUGGUGGCAGAGGGCAUGAUGCCUUGGUGAGUAGAUGCAUCAAACUUAAAUCUGGUCCCUACAAAGGAUAUCGUGGCCGUGUUAAAGAAGUGAAUGGUGCACUCGUGCGUGUGGAGCUUGAUUCACUUAUGAAGAUUGUCACAGUUAAGAGAGAGGAUAUUGCUGACACAGCGAAUGUUGGGACACCAUUCCGUUGUAUUGGCAGUGAAUCUCGUUAUUCAUUGGGCAGUGAAACACCUAUGCACCCAUCUCGAACGCCAUUGUAUCCUAUUCAAACUCCAAUGCGAGAACCUGGAGCGACACCAAUUUGUGAUGGAUCGCAAACUCCUAUGCAUAAUCAAGCCUGGGCACCAAUGAGUCCACCGAGGGAUAACCAGGAAGAUGGAAAUCGUGGCACUUGGGGCGCUUGGGGGAGCAGUCCAGCUUACCAGCCAGGAACUCCAGUAGCUAGGCCAUUUGAUGCCCCCACUCCUGGAUCAGGGUGGGAAAGUACCUCUGGAACUGGCUUUGGUGAUGCUCCAUUCAACGCUCCAACACCUAGUGCUCAACCAAUGACCCCAAUUCCUGCCUCUUAUUUGCCUGGAACCCCUGGUGGCCAGCUAAUGACCCCAGGGAAUGCUGGAAUGGAUGCAAUGUCUCCAAUGAUAGGGGAUGAGGGCGGCAGUAAUUGGCUCUUGCCAGAUGUUUGCGUCAAUGUGUCCAGAGGAGAUGGUUCCACCAAUGGUGUGGUGAAGGAAGUACUCCUGGAUGGAUCUUGCCGUGUCGCACUUGGGCCAUCACGGAGUGGGGAUGAAGUAACAGCUCUUCCAGACGAGCUCGAGAUCAUCAGGCCGAAGAAGAGCGACAGGGUCAAGAUAAUGAAUGGCAGCAUGCGUGGAGUUAUAGGAAGACUGGUAGGAGUCGACGGGUCUGAUGGGAUUGUCCGGGUGGAAAACCCGCUUGACAUGAAAAUAGUAGACCUGGUGAUUUUGGGCAAACUAGCAACUUGA